UUUAUAUAUUUCAGGUCCAUCCAGUCAGUAAGCAGUUUGCAGCAGUUUUACUUUUUUACAUCACAAAUUAUCUCAGAAUGUCGCCGCUUUGAAUGCUGCUCUACGAUGACCUUGGCGAAAGGCUAUGGAACGACCAGACCGUGAAGUUAUUGAUCUCCGCGAGGCCCCGGUGGCUUAGAGCUGCGAAAGCACGAAGCGACUGCUUUGUCUGAUGCCAGCGAGUUGAGCCACGAUGGCCUUGGCGAUGCCGCCGCUGUACCUGUGUUCUUAUUCCUCCAUGUUAUACCAUAGAGCUGUGUUCCUUCCUCCAUGGUAUGCUUAACUUCGCAAUGGAGUUUAGCCGUAAUGGAAGUUUCAUCACCCUUCUGUUUUUUACCACUGAAGUGGUUUGGGGAUGUCUUGCCAAAAGUAUGGGCGUUUUACUUCCAACUCUACGGGACCAAUUCACGACGGAGACGUGGAUCAUUGGUAUAGUGCUAGCGUUACAGGGAGUUACGUCAGACGUUGCAGGUUUGCUUGCAAUGCCCCUUGAAAAACGACUCGGUUGUCGGCGAGUAUUGAUCUACGGCAGCGUGGUUGCAAUGAUGGGUCUGGUUUCGGUGGCUUUUGCAACAAGCACCGUACACAUCGCCCUUGCUUUGGCUCUUCUCACAGGACCCACUUUUGGCAUCAUUACAGUUCUAGAUAAAGUCCUCUUAGGACGUCAUUUUACAACACAUUUUGCUCUGGCCUGUGGCAUAGGUCACAUGGGCAAAGGUUUGGCUCUUCUCGUGAUCGCCCCGCUGACGCAACUUUUCCUGGACACUUAUGGUUGGAGAGGAGCGGCUUUGCUUAUUGGUGGAAUCUGUAUGCAUUUGAUACCUUCUGCUGCCGUAGUCCAAGACGUCAAGCCACAUUAUGAGAACAUCAGUGAUGAAAGCUCUGCAGACAGCAAUGACCAGAAAGGUUUUGACACUGACGGUAACAUUUCUCUGAAAGCAUCAUGCCUUGGUAUUUGUAAAGCUAUGGACCUCGGAAUACUUCUAGAGUUCAAUUUCUGGAUCGUGUUCAUGUGCAACUUUGGACUGACGUGUACCUUUGAUGCCUGGCAGUUGUAUUUCGUUCCUCAUCUUCAAGUCAAAGGGUUCUCGGCCCAAGUAGCUGCCUCGCUUUGCACAGCGGCUGCUGUGGGGUAUCUCAUAGGCACAGUCAUCUGGUCGCCUUUUAUCGACAGAGGUCUCAUCAAGUGCUCUACAGCCAUAAUCAUCAGCAGCCUCGCUCUGACCUUCUCGUUUGUGGUUGAUCCUUGGGUGAAUGACGUCAUCGGUUACGUCAUCAUCACCACUAUCUGUGGCUUAUUUGCCUCAGCGCUUUACACUCUCAUUGACGUCAUGACCAAAGACAUCCUUGGCAUAGACCGACUAGUCAGCGCGUUCGGAUGGAUGAGGGCAUUGUUCUUUGGAAGACUCAUCGCAGGUUUUGUACCAGGCUGGAUGUACGACGCAAGAGGGAGCUAUGACUUGGCGUUCGUCGUUAUUGGCAUCAUGCCAAGCGUCUGUUUACUCCCGUUGGUGAUUGGUCUAAUGUGGAAAACAUUCUAGAACGUCGAGGUCAUUCUCAGGUCUUCAGUGAAACUGCAAAGAACAGAAAUAUUAUGUAAUUGCAGGAAAUGUCAAUUCGCUUUCAUAUUCGUUAAAAAUGCAUAGAUCAUGCUAAGUUUCAAUUUGUAUGUUUUGUUUUCACGGGAAAAGUACUUAACUCCGAUUUUGAGCGUCUGCAACCCUCUAAAAAGGGCUUUGAUUUUGUGCGCAAGUAACCCGCCCUGCGAGAGCCGAAUUAUUGUCUGGCAGCGAAUAAUUCGAAUUUUGUGAAGAAAUAAUUCACUAACUAAACGUCUUUGGAUUUUUUGUUUGUUCUGUGUCUCUUUCAAGAGUGAAUUAUAUUGCUGGGAAAAAGCAUUACAAAAACAAAAACAAAAUUUCCAACUUGAAAAUAGCGGGUCAUGCAUCUUUAGUCUAACAAAACGCUAAUCGGUCAAUUCAAUUUAAUUCAAUCCAAUUCAAUUCAGUUUAAUUCAGUUCAAUUCAAUAUGUAAGUCGUAUCUGCUCUUAUACCAAAACAUUUGUGUUUUAAGUGGCAUACGUUUGUUUUAAUUAAAUAUGACAGAACUAUAUACCUGAAAUGGUCUGACAAUUUCCUGAAGUAUUCUCUGAACGAACUAAAGCUUGAGAAUGUUGAAACAUGCAGUGGAAAUUCAGCUCAUCUUGUUUUCAUGCAUAUAUUAUGUG